AUGGUGGAUGGCGGUGAGGUGGACGGGACAGUGCCGCCGGAUGAGGCAUGGCUGGGGAGCUGGGCGAACGAGCUCGAGCACUUCCUCCCCGGCAUCCUGUUCCCCCUGAAGGUGAUGCCCGAGCCGGUGCCGAUGCAGGACAGCUUCGAAAGCGAGCGGGAGGCCAAAGCGGAGAUGGAAGAUGAUGACGUGGAUGCCGACUGCCAGCAAGAGGAGGCAGAGGCAGCCGCGCGCAUGGAGAUGGCCCUGACCCAGCGGCAGGCGGCAGAUUACCAGCAGUGGGAACGGGCUGAGGUGGACCGUGAGCUCAAACGGGCACAGCCGAGGGUGGGCGGGUCUGGAAAGAGGUGCCGUAUGACGGUGGAAGUGGCUACGGGGAGCAAUGAUGUGCCCGACAAUCCACCGCCUACGCAGAGCUCGACCCAGAUGGCCCAGGCGAACUCGGUUCCGAACGUCCUGCAGUUCCUGGAGUUUGCCGAGUAUGACGAUAUCUACCGCAGGUGGAAAGCCGGUGAGUUGAGUACAGUGGCAGUGGAGCAGCAGUAUGGCCAGGAAGUGGCGGAGCUGGUGAUGACUCACGAUGCCGUGGCGGAGCAAGAUGUGGACACCCUUACAGGAUGUCCCCGUGGUGAGGGCGUUGCUGUUCCGCAGGAUCGACAGGAUGAUCAGUCCGUGGGAUUGUCGAAUGCGUCCACUCUCCUACUGUCCUAUUGCCGUGAAGGGGCGCUGGAGCCGGGACAUGUGGACGAAUGCUUCAACGACAUGCAGCCCAACGCACCUGUGGAGGGUGGGGAGUGUCCGGCCGAAGCAGAAGCUCGUGCAGACGGUGAGGAAGCAG